CAGUUGCUUAUCGUCCUCCCCUCAGGUCACACGGACUGGUCCGGACGGCUUGUCCUGCUUCGGUGUCUGAUAGACAACCUUUUGUUCCGGAAGGUGAAUAACCCCCGAUCUGCGUACGAUGGCAAAGUGCUCCGUGAACAUCGUAGUCAUUUUAAGUUUGUGUAGUCUCAUCGUCCAGGCGAACGGAUUGCGCCAGUUUUGGCGUGGUAAAUCUUUUGGAAGCGAUCAACCGAGCCGAACAACGGAAUCGUCUUUGUACAGCGGUAAACUGAAUGAUACCCCCGAUCUGUGGUUCGAGCAAAUACUCGACCACAAUGAUCCUACCAAUGGAGCCACCUGGAAACAGCGGUACUUCGUGAACGACCAGUUUUUUAACGCAUCCGAUACAAAUGCUCCUGUGUUUCUCAUGAUCGGCGGAGAAGGUGAGGCCACGGCUCGGUGGAUGCACGAAGGAGCGUGGAUCCAUUACGCGGAAAAACAUGGCGCCCUGUGCUUCCAGCUUGAGCAUCGUUUCUACGGCAAAAGCCAUCCCACCGAUGAUUUGUCCACAAAAAAUCUUGCCUACCUCACCUCCGAGCAGGCACUGGCCGACUUGGCCUACUUCAUAGUGGGCAUGAACGUAAAGUAUGACCUGAAUCCACAAGACCACAAGUGGAUCGCGUUCGGUGGUUCCUAUCCAGGGUCGCUGGCGGCGUGGCUGAGGGAAAAGUAUCCUUCGCUGGUACACGGUUCGAUCAGCUCCAGUGGACCAUUGUUGGCAAAGAUCGAUUUCAUCGAGUACUACGACACGGUUGUCCGCUCGCUCGGUCGCUACUCGACGGAGUGUGUGGACUCGGUCAAGAGUGGCAUGCAGCAAGUGGAAACGCUGCUGAAGCAUAUGAUCGGGCAAAGGACACUGAACGAUAAGUUCCAGUUGUGCGAUCCGGUAGAAAAAUCAAUCGCCAACCCGCUCGAUGUGUCCAGUUUGUUCGAAGCAAUUGCAAGUAAUUUCGCCGGCGUUGUUCAGUACAAUAAGGACAAUAGUCCACACGCCACCGUUACGAUCGACGAGGUGUGCGAUGUGAUGGCCAACCAAACUAUCGGGGCACCAGUAACGCGUUUGGCCGAAGUCAACCGGAUGCUGCUGGAGCAGAGCAAGCAGAGUUGCCUCGAUUAUGUAUACGAUAAGACCGUCCUUCAAAUGCAGAACGUCUCCUGGGACUCGGAUGUUGCUAGUGGUGCCCGCCAGUGGACGUACCAGACAUGUAACGAGUUCGGUUUCUAUCAAACCUCCAACGACCCGGAUGCGGUCUUCGGUGACCGGUUUCCGGUCGAGUUUUUCGUGCGCCAGUGCGCCGACAUUUACGGUGCACGGUUUGGAGCGGAGUCGCUCGCACGAGCCAUCUACCGCACCAACACAAACUACGGCGCGCUGAAUCCGGCCACCACAAACGUCCUGUACGUGCAUGGGAACAUUGAUCCGUGGCAUCGGUUGGGACUAACCGAAAGCAACGACAUACAUACACCAACCAUUCUGAUCGACGGGACAGCACACUGCGCAAACAUGUACGAACCGAAAGAUAGCGACUUUCCUCAGCUGAAACAGGCACGGUUGGAGAUCGAUACCUUCAUUACGAAUCUACUAGCCAUGUAAACUGGAAAGAGGACUUUUAACUUUUCAAAGCCAUAGGGUGUUAUCUAAUGUGGGAUUUUACAACGAAGCAACAACAGAAUACGAAGGUUAUAUAGCAUAUACAUAUGUUGUUACAUCAUACUGAACUGCAACGGCUUCUGGUACCGUCGUUACGUGUACCUUGCAGCGGGAUGGAAUAAAGGUCUCAUAGACUUAACACAACCAGAUUAAGUUUAAAUGUACCACCUCGAUAAUUAUUUUUAUUGCAACUACUUAAAUAUUACGGUCCAUGAGAAAAAACGUAAACCAUACUUUGUUGUUCGUGCA